GGUAAAAAAACAAAAAAAAAGAUAAAAUUUAUUAAACGAAAGUGAAAGAAAUGUAGAGAAAAAGAAAUUAAUUGGAGUAGAAAAAAGAUGUGCAAGGUGAUGGAAGAAUAAUAGUAGGGUCGAGGGUAAGCGUAAGGUAGAAGAAGGAAAAGAAGAAGAAGAAUAGUAGUGGGGUCUGAGGGGUUGAAGAAGGUGAAACGGGGAGUGCGCACGCUCGUGGGACUCGACCGCCACCUCUAGUUUGGUGCUGAGCCAAUCAGAAGGCUUUGACGAACGCGCCGCUCACCGUGCGAGGAGCGGUGUGCUGCCGGUAAACGCGAACGUUCUUAGCAGUCUGCGUUUCCUCGUUCGAUGUCGCACGGUGAUAUAUACACGAAACAAAUUUUACUCGACUUUGUGCUUUGACGGUUAAAAGGCAUCGUUGUUAUGAAAAAAGACUUGGUUGGUUAUUUAUUUUCGUACCACACGACGAUAUCGUUCGAAUGAUUCUCCUUAGUAUGUUCUCACUGCUUACGAAGAGCAGGUAUAUCUACAUAUACGUAUAGGUAUAUACGUAUAUGCAUAAUACAUGCGCUCGCGAGUGCGCGCGCGCGCGUUUGUGGAUCUACUGUACGGUAGUGUAAGUGUGCCAGUGAAAGAGAGCAGUGUUCGAAUCGUGGCGUGAAUUUUUAAACUUUCGACUAGACUUUGCUAAGGAAAGUAACGAGUGAACGAGAAGAGAAGAGAAGAGAUAGGAAUAUUGAAGAUUUACAGAUAGGAGAGGCAGUGGUAACGACCUUGAAACGUCGGUGUGUCUACUGAGAACGACACGACGACGACGAUGACAACGUGUACCGGCCAUGGUGCGCUGCUGUAGAUAUUAGUUGGUGCGUCAGCGGUGAAAAAUCGAGUAUUAUACGUUCGAAAGAAACAAUCUAACACAGAUCGAGAGAGAGAGAGAGAUAACAUAUUGUGUUUCUCUUUCAGCGUGUUUCUCUCUUCAUAUAAGAGACGUGAGAAGGGUUGUAGUAUGUGCGUCGUGGUAAGGGCCGAGUAUAAACGAGAGUGGAUCGUCGUUGCAGAUACAAGUUCCGAGAUGAAGGCGGGCACGUAGAUCGAUCAGGUAUAGCGAGGACGACGUGAUUCUUCAAGUAAGAAAGAAAGAAAGAGAGAGAGAGAAAGAAAGAAAGAGAGAAACAGAUAGAGAAGAAAAGAAGAAGAAAAGAAAGAGACGAAGAGGAGAGAAAAGACCUUCAGCAGCACGAGACGUCUUCUUACUACUGCGUUCAUCCAAGUGAAGCGACAAGAAUGGCCACGGAAAUUGCGAACAAAAGGGCUGAAAGGGAAGCCCUUCGUGGGGUCAUACAACAAUGGAACGCAAAUCGUUUGGAUCUUUUCGAACUCUCCGAGCCCAAUGAAGAUUUGGAGUUUCACGGGGUUAUGAGAUUCUAUUUUCAAGACAGUGGUCAAAAGGUGGCUACGAAAUGCAUCAGAGUCGCAUCCGAUGCAACCAGUCGUGCUGUGAUCGAAACUCUCAUAGAAAAAUUCCGUCCAGAUAUGAGAAUGUUGUCGGUACCGGAAUACGCUCUUUACGAAAUUCAUGAAAACGGAGACGAACGGAAAUUGGGAUUGGAAGAGAAACCAUUGUUAGUUCAAUUAAAUUGGCACGUAGACGAUCGAGAAGGACGUUUCUUGUUGAGAAGGAUCGACGAUAAAACGAAUGCUCAAGGUGUUGGUUUCUCCUCGGAAGGUUCUAGCUUUCGUAGAAAGCUGAGUAAGAGAGAAAAGAAACAAAUGAGGAAACAAGAAAAGCUUGGACGUUUGAAAAGUUUAGAACAGGAUGAAAAUGCUGUACCAGUUGAUCAGAAUGGCGUCGCUGAAAAACUUUAUACUGAACUUCCCGAAACGAGUUUUACAAGAAGUAUAUCCAAUCCGGAAGCCGUUAUGAGACGUCGUAGGCAACAAAAGCUUGAAAGAAAAUUGCAACAAUUCCGUAGCAAAGAUGGUGGCCCAGAUACGGGCGGUACUUUAAAGAUCUACGGAGAAGCACUUUGCAAGGAUGUACCUUAUAAAACUUUAUUAUUGAGCGUUAGAGAUUCCGCAGCACAGGUUGUAAGAGAAAUGUUAUCUAAAUAUGGUUUAGAUAAAGUCGACCCUCAACAAUAUUGUCUCGUACAAGUGAACAACGACAAUACAAACGGUAGUACUCAUCAAGAAUAUAUACUGGACGACGACGAGUGCCCGUUGGCUAUUCUCAUGAAUCACCCUUCCACACGUGGAUCAAUCAUGUUUCAUGUGAGGAGGAGACCGGCAGAUUAUGUGCCUCGUAAACGUAAAAAGAAACCUUCUGGAAAAUGGAACGAGUUAGAUCACAGAUACGAAGACGAGAGAUUACCAUUUCUAUUAGAAUUGAAUCCAGACGGUACUGAUAUUCCUAACGGAGCGGGUGUCAGAUAUCGUUUGCAACCGAACGUGACGGAAGUUGGAUCCGAACGACCCUUCGGUCCACAAGGCGUGCAAUCACAAACUUUGACUCUCAGUGGGCCUACCGUUAUGCCAAGGCAUUGCGUUAUAGCGUUUACGGAAAAUAUCGUCACACUGACGCCAUGCUCAAGGGACGCUCAUACUUUUGUGAACAAUCAACGAAUACAUCAGACUACCAUACUUCAAAACGGAGCUAUCAUCAAGUUCGGAAGAAUGCAUACCUUCAGAUUCAUCGACCCCGCACCCGACGACCGUAUCAGGCAACGUCAUGACUCCAAUAGACAGAUCGAGUAUGCAUACGACCGACGAUCGCCAGAUGCUACCAGCCAAGAAGCAAAUUCGGACAAGUACAGAUCAGGUUCUGGAUCCCCAAACGGUGGACACCCACAGAGUCCUGGUCAAACUUCGAAUCCUCCGAGUCCCACUAAAUCUUCGGCAGCUAGCACAUCGCGUAGUCCCACGCACGGUACUCACGCACAAGAGGUGACUCACAAUUAUGAAACGACCUUCGACCUGGACGGCAAUGUGGAAACUGCGAGUUUGACGAGUAGUAGAGAUGGCAACAGGCAUCCCCAAUACGAUAAUCAACCACGAGGAACGGACCCUAUUCUACCAGCAGUAUUGGAAUUUUUAGAAGAUACGGAAGAAGCGUUUCUACGUGCUGUCAUCACCGACGUAGAUCCUUCAGCGCCGCAAUUCAAACUAGCACCGACUUAUACUCUAUAUCUGUCUGCUAGAUAUCGUGCUAGCACUCAUUACAGACCGGAAUUACAACCUAUCGAAAGAGCACACCGUUUGACUGUGAUGCUUACGAAUAUUGCCUUGAUGAUACAAGGAGUUAUUCAGGAACGAUAUAUGGAUGCGUCUUCCUUGGCAUUCUGGCUCGCAAAUGGUUCCGAAUUAUUGCACAUGCUGAAAAGUGAUCGUCACGUAGGAGCAUUUUCAACGAGAGCUCAAGAUAUCCUAGCUGAUGCCGUUCACGCUGCAUUCGCAUCCCUCGUACAUUGCGUUUCCCUAGAGUUGACACCAGCAAUGUCGCAAUUCAUGGCAGACGCUGAUGAACCUGCUAAAGAAGCUGGUGUGCUACAAAUAUUUUCCAAUACGAUGGCUCUGUUAAGACGUUGUCGAGUUAAUGCAGCAUUGACCAUCCAACUGUUCAGUCAUCUUUUUCACGCGAUCAACGCAAUCGCUUUCAACGCUCUAGUUUCUAACGGAAAUCUCUGCGUCCGGUGGUUUGGUCGAAGAUUAAAAGCAAGGCUCAAUGCUUUAGAAACGUGGGCUGAGAGACAGGGUCUUGAAUUAGCCAGUCAAUGUCAUUUAGCUACGAUCAUGCAAGCUACGCAUCUUCUCCAAGCACCAAAAUAUAACGCCGAAGAAUUGGCUACGUUGAGCUCGACUUGUUUUAAAUUAAACUCGUUACAAGUAAGAGCGUUGUUACAAAAGUAUCAGCCAGCUGCCGAUGAACCAAGACUUCCUGCCGAACUCAUUGAAAACGUUGUCAGAGUAGCCGAAAGUGUCGCUGAUACACUUGCUCGUGCCGACGGACGUGAAAUACGUUUGGAAGAAGAAUCCACCUUGGCGUUAGCUUUGCUAUUGCCAGAGGAUGGUUAUAGUUGCGAGGUAAUAAGAGGUGUACCACCAGGAUUGGUUGAAUUUCUAUCACCCUUACAACAAGAAGGUUUGUGUCGAAUGGCACCUCAACCUACUAGUAGUGGUUACUGGACUAUCUAUAUGAUAGAUCAUCAUACGAACUUACGUAGUCCAAGUGCGAUGAGUAAUAGAUCAGGUGGCUACACUGGACAUGUCGGACAGAACCAAGGUCAACCAGAGAUACAUAUUAUAAAAUUGCAUAAGUCGACCAAUGGCAUGGGUUUGAGUAUCGUUGCUGCUAAGGGUGCUGGUCAAGACAGAUUAGGGAUUUAUAUUAAAAGUGUCGUUGCCGGAGGAGCAGCAGAUGCGGAUGGAAGGCUAGCUGCUGGCGAUCAAUUACUUAAAGUAGACGGUCAAAGUUUAGUUGGAAUAACACAAGAAAAAGCUGCGGAGUAUCUUGUUCGAACGGGCCCAACAGUGACUUUGGAAGUUGCUAAACAAGGCGCGAUAUAUCAUGGACUUGCUACUUUAUUAUCUCAACCAUCUCCCAUAAUGACGAGGGCACAUAAGGCCAGGCCAAAGUCAGAACACAUAAAACCCCCCGCUAGACCUCCGGAAGUGUCCGUGCCAGCAUCUACGUCACACUCGAUGGGCAAUCUCUUGUCCGUACCAUUGCAGGGUGCUCCUACUCCUCCUCAAGAACACUACGUUGGCUGGGACGUAGAACAAUCCACAUUACCAGGUGCGACAGCUUCACAACUUCCCAAAACUAACUUGUACCUUAACGAAUACGAGCGUCGCUCUCUCAGUCCUUCGCCCUCUUAUCCAUUAACGCAGAAUCCGCAUCAAUGGCGUAAUAAUUUCGUGAAGACGCGAUCAGCAUCUGUUUAUCCGGUCAGAGAAAUCUGCAACAGGUUUAACGAAGAACGAAUGCCAAUACCGGGAAAUUGGCAAACUUUAUCAACUAUUCCUAUUAUCCAAGAACCCGAAGGAAUACGAUUAUCGAUACCUUGUCAUUUUCAAAGACAAUGUCCUCAUGAAAUCGAAAAUAGUUUUAAUUUUCCUGAUACCAUUGUACCAACAACAUGCGAACAUCAAAAUAAGAGCAUGUCCGGGUUAACUUUUAAACAAAUUGAUGAUACUAAUGAGGAUCAUACGAUUGAAAAUCAUUGGACUUGUCCUUUUCAUGGCGAUAGUUUUGUGAAAAGAGUCGAUACAACUCCGAACGUGUGUUUAUCCUCGAUUCCUUUCGGCGAAGAAUGCUUCGAUUCUAUUCCUUACAUCGAUCAGACUGAUGAUAAUUAUCCAGAUGAUGAAUCUGAAGAAAAUGAAGAAUAUAAGGGUGAAGAGAAGGAGCAUGCUAUGUUGUACAAUGAUACUCCGCAAGAUAAAACAAGUAAUCCAAAGUCGCGUAACGAUUUAUUUUAUUCCUCUACCGGAUUUAAGGAUCCUCAUGCUCAUGAGUUAGGAGCUCGAGUAGAAAUAUCAGGCAUCAUAUCGAAACAUCAAUGUUACACGGUUUGUCAAUGUUCCUUAAACUCAAGAAAAAGUACUGAAAGUCAAACUAGCAACGUCGAUGAUUCACCGAAACUUAGUGUAUCGUCCAAGAAAUUAUCUUCUAACGAGCUCGAAAGUAACAGCGAUAAUGACGAUGAAAAUUAUUCUAAUGUUUUUACGGAUACCACGGACCAAAACGAUGAACAAGAAUUGAGUACUUCGGAAUUAAUUUCGAAAGACGAAGAGAUAAUAACACCUGAAUUAAUUCUUGAUUUAAGUGGAAUGAACGAUGACGCAGUUUCCAGUGACACGUCGAGUACAGGAAAAUUUUGGAAAUCGCCUGACGAAGUACGUUUAGGUUGUGGAAGAGUAGCAACCUUGGCUAAACAUUUUUCAGCUUUAGGGGAUGGUGGAUUAAUUAAAAUGAAGUCUAUGAAGUUGACACAUUCCAGACAAUUUGCUUCGGAACCCGACAUUACAUCACCAAGAAGUUCAACAACCGAAGUACGUGGAUCAGCUAAUGGUAAAAUGUUCAAAUCGGAAUCUGAUUUAUGUUACGAGGACAAGAGUACUCAAGUGUCACCUGAAAGACAAUACAAUGUUUAUAUCCAUGACACCAACGUGACAAUUAGAGACAAACAAAUGAAAUUGUCAUUAGAAGAGCAACGACAUAUUAUCGAACAAAUCGAAGAAUUUUCUAAUCUCGAUAACACUGAUGCACCUUUGUGUUUACCUCAAGAAAAUCAAAUAGACGAUUCCGUAGAAAAUUCCGAGAUAUCUAGUAAAUCGUUGAAUAAAUCUGUAAUCAAUGGUACCGAAUCAGAAUUGGAACAAUCAAAAAAAUCACAAAACUUGUCAACGUCCUCGUUGAACAUAGAAUCUUUAAAUAAUUCUUCCUCGCAGCAACAAGAAACGAAACGUAAAAAACGUGGAACCUGCAAGUUAGCACGGUGCUGUUCUCUAAAAGAAUUAUCGUCAUCGGAUCAAUUGAAAAACGAUAAAAUUAAUAUGACCCCAGCACUUAGAAAAUAUUUCGUUUUUCCAGUACGUUCUAAUAAAGUGGUAUCGGCGCCAGAUAUCUCGAAGAAAUCUACCGCUAUGCUCUAUCUACGUUUAAUAAAACAUCAUCACAAUAAUGAGGGUAAUUUUACGGUUCACGGUACUCUAUCAAUUGGAAAGAAGGAAGAAGAACAAGAAGAAGUAGAAGAAGAAAAAGAAAAAAAAUAUAAGGGGUCUUUAGGAAGCACGAAUGGUCUCGAUUCAAAUUCUUCUCUUUCACGGUCAUCAAAGUUAUCAUUCAGUUGGGAAAAUUUGCAAAGUGAGAAAAGUAGGAUUAAUCGUAAAAAACGUCAAGCCCCUUUGCUUAAUGGACGGUGUUUGUCGAAGAGUUAUCAAGAGAUUCAUAAAAAAAAUACUACCUUUCAAAAAGAUUAUGACAGUCAAACGUCGAAAAAACUUACAUGUCGUAGUUGUUCAACGAGCACGUCUUCACAACAAAAAGAAUCAAAAGAUGAUAUUCGUAUUGUCGACAAUACAACGACCAUAGACAUCGAAGGAAAUGUAUAUUUUGGUAGAAUGUGUAAAAACAAAGCAAAAUCAUCGUCAAUAACUCGUUCGAUCGAUCGGAAUUCAUUAAAUAUCGUUAAAAAAUCAAAAAGUGAUCCGGACAUCUCACAAUCUAAAUCAACGUCCAGAUCCAGAAAGGAGAAACGAGAUAUUCAUGUAUUUCCAUCGAUGGAAAUCGGUUCCGCUUCGCGGCCUCGCCGCAUGAGCGAACGUGAUCUUUCAUCUAGACUUGGACGUGAAACGAUUCCCCAACAAAUUCAUAGCAGCAAAUCCGUCCCAGCCUUGCACAAUAUGGGUGCUGAAGGAAAACAACAACAUGAAAUCUUCAAUCCAGGGUAUAGUAGAGCAUCUUCGAGUAACAGCGUUACACCACCAGUUCAACCAUCUCCAAUGCCUGCUAUGAACGGAGCUUCUUGCCUACGCUCUAGAUCGAGCCAUAAUUUGCACGAUCCAACGAGAAUUGGGGCAUUACCUCCGAGUGGUUUGGUUAGCAGACAACAAUCCUCGCCAAACUUAAACCCAAAUCAACCUCAUGGAUCUUUCCAAAAUAAUUUACAGAAUAACGAAGCCGAAAGAUUCUAUCAAAACUUGAGCGUUUAUAGAAAUCAAGAUUCAACGGGAAAACAACAGCAGCCAAGUUUAUCUCAGCAACAUAUGGAAGAGAGGAAUACGUUACAUACACAACGAAGCUCGAGAGGAUCACAAAACUCUCUGAAUCGGCCACCGGCGCAAGAAUUGAACCAAGGAAGAGAUAGACCAAUAUCUGCUCAUAUUCCUCAAACUCAACAACAAGGUUAUUCUGGUAACCAGAUGCAACAUCAAAAUGCGGUUCCGCCUAGGUCGCAAUCAUCGCGAGAUAUAAUACGUCAGGAAGCCAAACUUCAAGAAAUGCAAGAAGAAGUUAGGAGACGCGAGUUACGCGGUGGUGUACCAAUGAUCAAUCAGUAUAGACCAAAUACAUAUAACAUGAGACCGGCAAAUGCUAAUCAAACAGCUGGUAUUGUACCUGCUCGUGCUCUUGUUUCGAGACCUUUGGGUUCUACACCUAAUUUAGCAACAUCGUCAGCAACACGACAACAAAUGGGACCAGCGUAUGGUCAUCCUGAUGUUGCAUAUGCACAGUAUGGUCAGUGCAACAAACACCCAACUGCUCAGUAUGGGUUGGCAUCCAAAGGGAAAGCAGAACAACCACCUCGUCACGUACCAACGAUUGAAUCCGGAAAGGAAUCUCUCGCAGUUCAAGAUUCUACUAGAUCGCAUUAUGAUCAUAAUCGCCAAUACAUGACUUCUCAAAACGGGUCACACUAUACUCAUGGACCACCUGAUCUUAGAAACGAUCAGUAUUCAAAUGAAAAUACUACUAUGGUUCAAGAUAACGUCGAAGGAAAUUCUUUUAAUGCUACCGAGGUCCCACCAGCAAGACCUGCUCUUCCUGAAGAUGGGUAUAGGGAAAGCCCACCACCUCCGCCACCUAAUACAUUAACUCAUCCCUUGUAUAAUAAUCAAGCAGAUUCGAGAUAUACCGCAAGUAUGCAAGAUCCGCCUAGAGGUGGCUAUUAUCCAGCAAGUGGAACAGGAACAAUGCAACAACCUCGUCAAUAUCAAUAUAGUGCUAGUAAUCCUUGGCAACGUGAAGAACGCGAAAAGGAACAAGCUCGAAGAAGAGAAGCCGCCAGACAAUGGCGUGAUCAGCAAAUUGCCGAAUUAAGCGCUUUGCCUCAUCGAACACCUCAACAAGACGAACAAUUACGUGCUCUUCAAUUGGAACGAGAUUUCCAAAAAAGAGCAGAAGAAGCCGCCAAUCAACAAGAUGACGACGACGAAUGUAAUGACAUUGAUACUGAGAGUAUACCACAGGCUCAAGGUUUAUUGAGUGUAGCUAAUUCUCAAGAAAGAACGAACACAGCAAGUCAACAACAUACAUUGUCGAGAGCAAACGUAAAUAAUCAAUCGAUAAGAGGUACCCCACCUACAUCCCAAACUGUUAGCACUCCACUGUCUCCAAAUGCUGCUGGAAAUUCGUGCCUAGUACAAAAUGAUACUUCUGGUUUAAUAUAUAUGCAACAACAACAACAACAACAGCAGCAGCAACAACAGCAACAACAACAACAACCACCACAACAACAACCACAACCACAACAACAGCCACAGCAACAGCAACAUACCAAUCAAUCUCAAAAUAAUACAGGACAGUUACCCAGCUCGUCGAAUUAUAGUUCCUCUUUGUCUCAUAUUGGAAAUAUUCAAAAGACAUAUACAGCUGCAAUGUCUCCAAAUAAUGAAGAAAGGGAAUCACAGCAACGUCGUAUUGAAGAAAUUAGAAGAAAAGAAUUUGAUGAAAAUCAAAGACAAAGAGAAGAAGAAAGUAGGCAUCAACAGCAGCAGCAACAACAGCAACAGCAGCAACAUAUACAACAGUUAUACAAACAACAGCAACAACAUAUGCAACAUUAUAGGAAUCAACAAGCAUUGCAUCCAAAUAUGCUAAGAUUAGACAAUUUAGUUAUCAAUGGAUCCAAUACAUCCCCAUCUUUACAAAAUGGAAAUACCGAUGCACCUCCACCCCCAGAACGCGGAUCUAGUUAUGCAGUGAUGUCUCAACAGAGCGCACUUAGGUCAAACAGUUCGACCUCGUCGAAUAUUGCCUUAACACCUCUAACAUCCUCCACGAUCAAGAGGGUGUCCUUUCACGAUCCAAACGCAAACACCGAAACAACGCAACGCAAUGUUAUGUCGGGAAAUUUAAAUACUUCAUCUUCGAUGGGCAUGGUCACUAUUAGAGAAGACCCUAAUAAUUUUAUCAACGAUGCUGAAAAUUUAUUAGCGUCUCCGAAAUCUCCGGAAGGUCCUGGCGUCCCGUUUGUUAACGCCACACCCGGUGUGAUCGGUGCACAGGAAGUAUAUAAAGAUCCACGAACAAAACGCCUCGCUGAGAAACAAAAGCAACAAAAUUUGCAGAUGGGCGCGGUACCUGAGAAGCUCAGUUUCAAAGAGAAAAUGAAGAUGUUUGCUAUGGAAACGGGAGAAGAUGGUACACCGCGAGACAAGGUGAAAAUAUCUCGAGCUCAACGUGAAAUAGAUAAUAUCGGUGGUCCUCUUAGUCCUAAUAACAAUAAUACGAAAGGCUAAGUGUAAACGCAAUCGUCCUUUUCUUACAUACAACUAAUUACGGAAGUGUAUACUACAUAAUUUGUAGUGAUGAUCACAAGCUUACCGGAGCUUGAUCAUACAUCAUCAACAACUAUAGAAGAUUUACUCUAUAUCUCUUUAUAAAAUAUAUACUUAUUUAAAAAGUAACACAUGAGGGAACAUAAAAAAAAAAUAAUGAAACUACAACUUUAUCUUGACAUUUUUAGGGAUGCCUUAAUUUUAAAACAAAAAUAUUAUAUUAUGACAUCGUUAUCGUUUGUCAUCUAAUAGACAUAUAUAUAAAAUUUUAAAUAUUCAAUGAUUUAAGAUUCUAGAAGAAAUCAAAUGAUAGAGAUUACGCAGGGUGGUCUAAAAGUAUCUAUGUGAUAUUUAAAAAUCAAUUACUCUUUUUUGGAAUUUUUUAAGAUUUAAUUAUAUGUUUAAAAAAAGAUUUGACAAAGAGUAAUUUAUUUUUCUAAUCGCAUAAUAAAUUUUUGGCUCACUCUGUAUAAAAAUAUAUAUAUAUGAUGAUGAUGUCUAUGAAUUAUAUCUAUCGGGGGAUCAAGUUUAGAAUGAAAAUGAAAUAAUAUUAUCAAUGUUGAUCGUCGAGUAAUAUAAUAGAAAUUGGUAGCCAUAUUUAAAAGUCUUUGAAACUAUUUGUCGAUGAUAUAUACUAACGUUCGUUAUGCCGUUUCUUCGGUGGACCAACUUAAUUCUAAUAUUUUAUGAGAAUAUAGUUAUUUAAUUAAGGAUUUAGCUUUUGGAAAUAUACAGAAAAAGACAAACUCAUUUAUAUAAGAGUAAUUCUUGAUUGGUAACAUUGAAAUAAACCGAUCAGAAUGUACUUCACACGAUUGUACAUAGGCUGAACAUAGCCGUCCGCAUUGCUUCUAUUGUUUGAUAUUUAUAUUUAUAUACACCUGUGUGUAUGAGUAUGUGGGUGCAUGUAUAAGCGUGUGUUAGCGUGUAUGAAUGUGUGUGCGCGAUAAAAAGGGCGAAUAUUAACUUCAUCAUAUAUUUCUUCUUUCUCUUCUUCUUCUUCAUUAAACUGCAGCAUAGCAAUUUUAAUGUGUGAGUACUGUACAAAAUACACAAAGAAAAGCGCGCGUACAUAGCUUUAAUAAAGCAAAUUAUAUAGAUAAUCGUAAUACUCUAUAUGAGAACCGAAUAUGCUUGUACACAAUGUGUAAAUAUAUACUUAAGAGUUUAUGGAUUGCAUAAAAAACAGACACAACGAGAUAAAUAUUAUACAAUUUUUCACAUACGUUUGAUAGGUCCUCCAUUUUAACUCUAGGUAAAUGGCCAGAAAAAAACACAUCGAUGGUGUUGUUAAUUAAUUAUUAUAUAAACCAGUUAUGGAAAAGUUUAAAUAUUAGAGUAAUAUUAAUGUAGAGAAACAAAUAAAAAAUCGAAAACCACAUAUCUGUAUAUACACAUUGGUGUACAGGCAUGAAAAGUUCUUAGAACAUUUGGAGGAGAUCGCGUAGCCUAGUAUUGUAGAGGAUUUAACAAAGAUUAUUUAAUACGAUAAUCUUGAUAAUAUGUGAGAAAAGAAGAGUAUACACAGUUGUUUACUAAAAUUGUCUGUGAACAUUCACGAAAUCAAUUGAUUUCAAAAAAUAAUUUAUUGUAUUCCGUUUUAUUUUACACAAUAAUUAUUUUUUUUAUUAAUUUUGUUUAUAUAUAGAUACUUAUAUACAAUAAUUGUGUAUUUCAUUUCAAGUACAAAUUUAUUUUUUGAACGAGAAUAUUAAAAAUGACAUUAUGUUAGAUUAUUUUAAAAAACAUAUUAAAUAAUUUACAUUUCAUUUGGAAUGUUCACAGACUUGAGAAAUUCGACCACAGUACCGAGAUAUAUUAAGGAUCGUCGAAGAGUCACUUUGUAAUAAGAGUUUCCUGCAGACUUUAGUUUGAUAAAUCUUACAAAACACAAAACACACAUAGCAAUAUUAGUAGUUAAAUGAGAAAAACGCGUAUUAAUGACUGUUAAUCUGGCUACUAUGAAACGACCGGUUGAGUCGAUUAUUAUAUACAAUUGCUCCUAUAAUAUUAUUCCUUGUAUCGGAAAAAAAAAACGAAAAAUAAUCUUUCUUAAAUUGUGGAUCAUGUAUUACGUACGACAUAUUUGUGUGUACGUAUAUGCUGUGUAUUAUUCUUGUACUUUUUAAAUCUUUAAAAAGAGAGUUUACGAAAUACUCUCAUGUUCUGAUAUAUAUAUUUAAACAUCUUAUAUAUUAUUAAUAAUAAAAUAUUGUAUGUGUGUGUCCAAAUGUUCCUACGAAAUAUAGAUUUCGGGACAGAACGGAAGGAGGUACUUCAUUAAGUACGUAAAUGUAUAUUAAAAAAAAAAAUAUGACUCUCUCUAUAAAAAUAUUCUUUGGACAAGACUUUAAAAA